AUGGAGUCAUUGCAGAACGGGCGGUUCGAAUACCAAUCCAAACUAUCACUUAUAGACACUCAGCACGCCAUCAAGGUGGUUAAAGAUACUUUCCAGCAGGCCCUUGCGACUAAACUCAACCUUACCAGAGUCUCGGCGCCGUUGUUUGUCGCUGCCGAAAGUGGACUAAAUGACGAUCUCAACGGGUAUGAGAGGCCUAUCUCGUUUGAAUUCAAGUCGAAGGCGAAAGGUGUCAUCAUUCAUUCACUGGCAAAAUGGAAGCGAAUGGCUUUGAAGCGAUAUGAUUUUGAAGUAGGAAGCGGUCUCUACACAGACAUGAAUGCCAUACGACGAGAUGAAGAUCUGAGUCCAAUACACUCCUAUUACGUCGACCAAUGGGAUUGGGAGGUGGUGAUACGCAAGGAGGACAGAACGUACGAUAUGCUAAAGGAUGUCGUGGAGCGAAUAUAUGAAGCAUUAAAGGAACUCGAAGAGAAGAUUGUCAAGGCAUAUCCUUGUCUUACCCGAAAACUGCCAGAUAGCAUCACGUUUGUCAGUUCACAGGAGCUUGAAGAUCUGUAUCCAGAAAUGACGCCGAAGGAGCGAGAACGGGUUUAUUCGAAGAAGUAUGGAGCCAUUUUCAUUACCCAGAUCGGGAAGACGCUAAAAUCGGGGAAUAAACACGAUGGACGUGCGCCUGACUAUGAUGACUGGGAACUAAAUGGGGACAUUAUUGUUUACUACGAACCGCUGGACAUCGGUUUGGAGUUAUCUAGCAUGGGCAUCCGCGUGGAUGAGGAGGCCAUGGAGAGGCAGUUGAAGCUUGCUGGACAAGAAAAAAGGAAGCAGUUUGAUUUCCACAGGAGACUCCUAAAUGGUGAACUCCCAUAUACGGUAGGCGGUGGCAUUGGUCAAUCCCGGUUGUGCCUCUUCUUUUUGGAUAAGGUUCAUAUCGGAGAAGUCCAGGUCUCCCUCUGGUCCGAUGAAAUUGUACAGGAUUGUUUGAAAAAGAAUAUCCAUUUGCUUUAG